AUGGCAUCUUCGCAACACAUUCAGCUCGCACACAAAAAUCUAACCAAAGUUGCUUCUACGACGAUGAACCUCAAGCGAGACCUGUCCGCGUUCCACCAGGGACAACAGAACACCCAGGGCUCUGCCGACCACCAAAAAGAGGAUUCCAUUAGUCGGCCGAAGAAAGUGGCCAAGAUCGUCAACACCGAACCCACAGACAAGCCUAACGGAGGAAAUGACCAUAUGGCAUCCCGUUGUAUCGGCCCAUGGGAUCCGGUUAGCGGGACGAUCAAAGUCUGCGUGCUGUGCAACGAUGCUUCCCACGGGCUCGAUAACUGUUCAGUCCUCGCAAAGCGCAGUGCGUCAGACCAAAGAUUCGUCUUGAGCAGAUAUCUGAUCAUCUACCGUGGCGGGCGUCCUCCCAUCGAGUCGAGUGUCUGCUGGGUCGACUUGCUAAGCUCUACAGAGUACAAAGAAGUGUUGGCCAAGCAUUCGUCGGAGAAGGGCGACAAGCUCUAUCCUUGGACAAGAGCGUUCGCAAUCAGUCAACACACAAACAAAUUGUGGAAGCGCUACAGCUAUUCUCAAGGAGAUGACUCAAAAAGGACGUGGUGGCCCGAGGACCCCAAGACUAACUCGGAGGCUGAAGUCCAGAAGAACAUCUACGAGUCAGAGAGGGAGUGGGAGUUGACUGCAGCCGGCCUGAAAGCGUGGCCUGACAUCUUCAAGAUUGCUCCAAAGUUGAAGGCUUUUAUUGAGAAGGAAGACAAUUGA